CAAAUCUAAAAUGUCUAAAUAUGAUGAGAUUAUUAAAGAAGAACCUCAUGAGAAGGUGCUUAGUAUAUCUCCGGAGAAGAACUGUUGCCAAAGCUUGGUUCGUGGUUGGAGAAGGUUUCCUGAACCUGUUCAGUUCAUCUUUGUUCUUAUGUUCAGUAUUUGUAUAGUUCCUCGGGACAAAAUAUUUAUCGACAAGGUAUGUAAACUAGAUCUACAGGAAUAUCUGAAAGAGCAUAAUCUAACAACAGAAGUGUGUGACGUCAUGUCAAGGAACAAAACUUUUCAGUUCGUUGAAACAGAAACCCAGGUAGAAUUUACUAAUGCUGAUAAUAAUAAUAAUUAUAGUGAGAAUAUUAAUGGGUGUCUCGUAAAUACAAGAAACAUACUAAGUAGCUUAUGGUUACUAGUAUCCGUGUUGUGGUGGGAUAUACCAGCUAAAUAUCUUAUUAUUGCAGGUGUAUCUGGAUGGAGCGGAGGAUAUAUGUGUCUCAAUAUUGGAUUAUAUUCUUACAUAUCAGAUACAUCAUCUCCACAAACUAGAACUACAAGGAUGUCUAUACUCACAGGGAUAUUUAGUCUGGGAUAUGUGAUCGGUGUGCAGAUUGGUGGCAGAAUCUCGAGCUAUGUUACCAUCUUCAUCCUCUCCUCCUCUCUAGGUGUACUAGGACUCCUCUACUCCAUCCUAGUCCUGGAGGAGAGUUUACCCAAACCUCUCCGAACCCAGAGCUCUGAGUCUACGCUAAGUCUAUUACUGGGUUGCUGGAGAACUAUGUUCAGAACCCGGGAUGGAACUCGACGAUUUCUCCUUCUCUGCUCUGUGUUCCAGUUCCAGGCGUUUAUGCUCUGUAUCAAUACAACAGAAUAUGAUUAUCUUAUGACAAGGUUAAAGUUCGCCUGGGAGAGGGCAGAUUUCAGUAAUUAUCUGACAGCUCAGAGGACAUGCAGACUAAUAGGACUGCUGAUGGUUCUACCCAUUUUGGCAAACUUCUUCAAGGUACGGGAUAGUAUAGUUGUCUCUGGUGGUUGUAUUGUAUCCUGUGCUGCCUAUAUAGUGCUGGGAGUCAGCUCUCCUACCUGGGGAGGAGACUGGCCGGUUUAUUUAUCUGCUGUACUUCAGUUCAAUUCAAUUACCACCGUCAGCAUCAGGUCUAUACUGAGUAAGCUAGUUGAGCCGGGGGAGGUUGGGAAAAUAUUUGCAGUUCUGGGAAUUGGUCAGGCGAUCAUAGCACUCGUCUCUCACAGUAUUCUGGGAUUAAUCUACAAUCUGAGCCUGGAGUUUUAUCCAACAAUGUACCUGCUUCCUGUUGUUAUUCUUCUUCUCAUCGCUUUUAUUCUAUCCCUGUUCCAUCCACAUCUUUUUAAAUCUGAACCUGCUCCGAUCUUAUGUCCUGAAACUUAAACCUGUUCAUGCCUAACCUCCUCAAAUCUUAACUUGUUCAAUCCUCAUGUCCUAAAACUUAAACCUGGUCAUUCUUAAAGGAUUAAAUAAAAACCCACUCAACUGCAUUUUUAAAAAUUUAUGUGUACUGGUUUCCUCAUCACCUCAAUAAUGAACCUUCUCUUGCUAUAUCCUCAUUUUCCCAAACCUAAAACUGCUACGUCCUUAUCUCCUCAAACAUAAACCUUCACCAUCCUCAUCUCCAUCCUUAUCUCCUCAAACAUGAACCUUCACCACUCUCAUCUCCUCAAACUUGAACUUGUUCCAUUUGUAUCUUCUAAACUUAGCCUGUUCCAUUCACAUAUUCUAAAACCUGAUCUUUUUUCAUCUUGUCAAAUCCUGACCCUGUUACAUUCGCAUCUCCUAAAACCUGAGCCUGUUCUUUUCUCAUAUCCUCAAAAUUUACCUUGUUCCAUUCUCAUCUCCUCAAACCUAUUCAAUCCUCAUCUCCUCAAGCCUAAACCUAUUCAAUCCUCAUCUCCUCAAGCCUAAACCUAUUCAAUCCUCAUUUCCUCAAGCCUAAACCUAUUCAAUCCUCAUCUCCUCAAACCUAAACCUAUUCAAUCCUCAUCUCCUCAAACCUUAACCUUCUCCGCCCUAUUCUCCAUCAACUUGAACCUGUUCCAUUCAUAUCUUUUCAACCCUGGCCUGUUCUAUUCUCAUCCAUUCAGAUUGUAAAACUGAUGUAUACACAUCUCUUCAAACGUAAACCAGCUUCAUUCUCAUUUUCUCAAAGCUAAAUCUACCCUCCAUCAUCAUCUCUAGUCUGAAUAUGUUCCAUCCAAAUCUUCGUAAAAAUUAAUCUCCUCUUUUCUUACCUCAUCAAAUCUAAUAAUCAAACCUAAACCUACUCCAUCCACAUAUCCUCAAACCUGAACCUAUUCCAUCCUCAUCAUCUCAAACCUAAACCUACUCCAUCCACAUAUCCUCAAAUCUAAUAAUUCAUCCUCAUCACCUCAAACCUAAACCUACUCCAUCCACAUAUCCUCAAACCUGAACCUAUUCCAUCCUCAUCAUCUCAAACCUAAACCUACUCCAUCCACAUAUCUUGAAACCUGAACCUAUUCCAUCCUCGUCAUCUCAAACCUGAACCUACUCCAUUCGCAUAUCCUCAAACUUGAACCUACUCCAUACACAUGAACAAACCUGAACCUACUCGAUCUAUCCGGAUGAA